AUGGGACCGACCCGCCAGUUAGGCAGACCACCCAGUAUGGGCUCUAGUAGCGGAAGGUCCAACCAAUUACCCAGGGUGGGAAGAGCUAAGCAAAAAAUACAUAUAUCAAUGUAAAUAUGAGAGACCGAUGCCCUUUCCGGACAUGGAGAGAGAACACUGGCAGUACUGGCACCUUUAAACAUGGGGCUAGGCCCAUAUCUUCAUCCCAAAUGGCACCCUAUUCCCUAUAUAGUGCACUACUUUUGAUCUGGGCCCAUAUGGGACCCAUAGGGCUCUGCUGAAAUGUAGUGCACUAUAUAGGGAAUAGGGUGCCAUUUGGGACAUCCACUAUGCCUCUUAUGACUAUACAGAUACGUUCUUCUUUCUGGCUUAGUGUGUGUGUGUGUGUAUUUGUGUGUGCGGGUGUCCGUAUGCACGCACGUGUUUGUGUGUGUGUGUUGUGAACAGUACAAUAAAGUCCACUGUGUUGUGUAAGAUAAUCAUACUAACUAGUUGUAAUCCUGUGCCUAUUUUAAUCAAUCAAAAUGAAGCUAUUGCAUUUUAGUCCUUGUGUUUUUUGAAAUAUCUUAUUUUACUUAUUGAAGCUAUCGUGAUACUAAGAAAUGACUUGCAUUUCAUAUAAUCCCAUGUUCCAAUAAAUGAACAUUAAGGGAAAAACUGCUUUCUCUUGUCGUGUCCCGUCGGCUGUUGGUGGCUAUUGCUGUCAAACAAAGAGUCCGCUUAGGCUGCACCUUGAUUAGAAGCUUUUAUUAAUAUCACAAGGUUACAGCAUAAGUUACAGACCCGCGGUGUCUGGAGAGGCACCGUCCCAAAUUAAUCUGAAUGCCUCUGCCGCCUCUUUGUCUAGCUCAUACUUAUAAACAAUGGCAAAAAUAUGGGUGGCUCCCUCUUUCGUCCAAUCACCUAUCCCCCCUGGGGCGUCACCCUACAACUGCUACAUUUGAACUAAGAUAAACAACAUUCCAUUUCUUCAUGAAAAACAUUUAACAAAGGCAUAAUCCUAAUACACUACACUCUCUUCAUUACCCUUAUCUAUAGACCCUUUUCCAGUACACGACACACACACGUCACAGAUGCGCGACUCUUGGCGGCAGUAAGAAAAGCCAUCGCUGUCUGCUCCCAUUCAACAUAGCCUAAAUUUACGUUUUUAUUACUUCUAAACAAAAUAACUUUUGGGGGUUCUUAUAGGCUUACAAUUAUGUUUUGAUUCUUGCUUGAACAGUCGCUAAGAUUAUAUUUGGUUGUGAUCUUUGCAAAAAUAACUAUUGUGGAUGCAGCAGUUGUUAUCUAGAAUGUUAACGCUCAUUGAUAUAGCCUGUAGCAAAAGCUAGCCAAAGAGCCAUUUUACUGGUUGAAGUUGAAGUGUCUUUUAAGUACAAUGCAGUUGAUUUGCGAUGACACAAACAUUAUAUUAAGCAGGACAUUCAUACAAGCCUUAAAAUCCAAUUAUAAUCCAAAAGUAGUGUGAAAUGCAAUCAUAAAGCUCCUGAGUGGCGCAGUGGUCUAAGGCACUGCAUCGCAGUGCUAGCUGUGCCACUAGAGAUCCUGGUUCAAAUCCAGGCUCUGUCGUAGCCGGCCGCGACCGGGAGACCCAUGGGGCGGCGCACAAUUCGUCCAGGGUAGGGGAGGGAAUGGCCGGCAGGGAUGUAGCUCAGUUGGUAGAGCAUGGCGUUUGCAACGCCAGGGUUGUGGGUUCGAUUCCCACGGGGGGGCAGUAUGAAAAAAUGUAUGCACUGUAUGUCGCUCUGGAUAAGAGCAUCUGCUAAAAUGUAAAUAGUCUUUUUUUGCUGGCGUUCUGAAAUAACUCCCCCUUAUUCUUCCACCAAUUUUCGCACAUCGCCCUCGUGCGGCAAUGUUUGCAAACACAGAAAAGGAUCUGUAAAACAUUUGAUUUCAGAAGGGGUCAGAUAGCUUCAUGUAACUGCUAAAAUAAAAGAAACACCAACAUAAAGUGUUUUAAAACAGCUUCAAUGCGCCUUGGCAUAGAUUCUAUAAGUGUCUGGAACUCUAUUGGAGGGAUGCGACACCAUUCUUCCAUGAUACAUUCCAUCAUUUGUUGUUUUGUUGAUGGUGGUGGAAAACGUUAGCUCUGGCGCCGCUCCAGAAUCUCCCAUUAGUGUUCAAUUGGGUUGAGAUCUGAUGACUGAGACGGCCAUGGCAUAUGGUUUACAUCGUUUUCAUGCUCAUCAAACCAUUCAGUGACCACUCGUGCCUUGUGGAUGGGGGAAUUGUCAUUCUCGAAGAGGUCACUGCCAUCAGCAUAUCAAUUAUUCACCAUAGGUUUCAGGCAGGGCCCUCCAACCCUGUUCCUGGAGAGCAACCUUCCUGUAGGUUUUCGCUCCAACCCCAGUUGUAACAACCUGAUUCAGCUUAUCAACCAGCUCAUUAUUAGAAUCAGGUGCGCUAUAUUAAGGUUGGAGCAAAAACCUACAUGACCGUAGCUCUCCAGGAACAGGGUUGGAAAGCCCUGGUUUAAGGUGAUCACUCAGAAUGGCUGUAUUUAUUGAUGUUUACAUUGCCCUCUAAGUCAGGGGUGCCAAACUAAUUCCGCUGAGGGACGAAUGUUUGCAGGUUUUUGUUUUUUCCUUUCAAUUAAGACCUAGACAACCAGGUGAGGGGAGUUCCUUACUAAUUAGUGACCAUAAUUCGUCAAUCAAGUACACGGGUGGAGCGAAAACCCGCAGACACUUGGCCCUCGGCGGAAUGAGUUUGACAGGUGCUCUAAGGCAGAGUUUCCCAAAACCAUGCCAGGAAAAAUGCAUCCUACACGUAACAUAAUUUGUUUCCCUCAUUUACUCAAGAGUUUCGUUUAUUUUGGCAGUUACCUGUAGGUUGCAAGAGACCAGUGGUGGAAAAAGUACCCAAUUGUCAUACUUGAGUAAAAGUAAAGAUACCUUAAUAGAAAAUGGCUCAAGUAAAAGUGAAAGUCACCCAGUAAAAUACUACUUGAGUAAAAGUCUAAAAGUAUUUGGUUUUAAAUAUACUUAAGUAUCAAAAGUAAAUGUAAUCUCUAAAAUAUACUCAAGUAUCAAAAGUGAAAGUAUAAAUCAUUUCACAUUCCAAACCAGAAGGCAUUGUUUUUUAAAUGUAUGGAUAGUCAGAGGCACACUCCAACACUCAAACAUAAUUUACAAAAGAAGCAUUUGUGUUUAGUGAGUCCCCCAGAUCAGAGGCAGUAGGGAUGACCAGGGAUAUUCUCUUGAUACGUGGGUGAUUUGAACCAUUUUCCUGUCCUGCUAAGCAUUCGAAAUGGAAUGAGUACUUUUGGGUGUCAGGGAAAAUGUAUGGAGUAAAAAGUACGUUAUUUUCUUUAGGAAUGUAGCGGACUAAAAGUAAAAGUAGUCAAAAAUAUCAAUAGUAAAGUACAGAUACCCCCAACAACUACUUAUGUAGUACUUUAAAGUAUUUUUACUUAAGUACGUUACACCACUGCAAGAGACCUGUAAUCUAUUGCCUUUAACUUCCAGACCGCAUGUUGGCGCUAUUGCACACUCAAAAGAUAACCUAAACCGGAAGUAAGAAGCCAAAGAGAGUUUGACAGUUUAUUUACCAUUAUAUUUAACUUCAAAACAUUGUAACGUUAGCAGAGAUAUUUAUAAAAAACAAUACAGUACUUUUUGAUUAAAUAUUCUCAGUUGUUGGUAUUUCCCAGCCGGCUACAUCCAACGAGACGCAAGGGUACAACCAACAACAUUGGCAGUCAUCAUUCUAAAUUCAAAUUUAACUAGCUUUCUAGCUAACAGUUAGCUAGCUAGCUCAGGGAUUGAUUCACAAUGGACGUGGUAAGACUCAGAACGUGUGCUAGCCACAUCUCUUUAUUGCUCUGCAAACUGCUCGUUUGUUGCUAUACCAAAUGUUGUGGCUAGCUAGCAAAUCAAGUUGCUCAUUAUUUUGUAGAGUACAAUGAAUGCAAGCAACAUCAUUACUAGCUAGCUAUGUUGUUGUUGCUUGCUGACGUGAUUUGUUUUCUAGUAGGUCGCUAACGUUAGCUAACAUUAGCUAACUGACCAGCACUAGCUAGCUAGGUGAAUGAAAAUCCAAUGAAAAUUAGCUGGUGUAAUUUGGUUUGCAUUGAUUGAUAGUUGUUAAACCAGGUAUACUUAGUAGGUACGGUUUCUUUACUGAGAAAUUGUAUUUUCUAUAACAAGCAGAAACAUUGCCUUGAUGUUACGGAUGGUGUCAUAUUGCUGAGGCUAUCUUUCCUAAUGUAGCUAGUUUGUUGUUAAAACUGCGCUAUCACUCUUCAUCAUAGGACUCUGAAGACCUGUCCAGCCUGUCUCCAUCCUGCUCCACUGAACCCCAACUCACGGUUUUCCCGGGUCCUGACAGGAACCAUGAUGGCCAGGAGGACAGUAACCACCACGGUGCCCAGGAGGACAGUAACCAUGGUCACCAGGAGGACAGUAACCGUGGUGAUCAGAAAGACACACCACAGGGUCAGGAGAGAGUUACUGUGAGUCUGGACGUCAACAGUGAAACACCAACAUUUAAUAUCAUAGUCAAAGAGGAAGAAGACUGGGAACUAGAUAAUACAGGUUGGUAGCUGGAGCCAGGCUAACUUGGGAUGAUUCCCAAAUGGCACCCUAUUCCCUAUUCCCUAUGGCUCCCGAGUGGCACAGCGGUCUAAGGCACUGCAUCUCAGUGCUUGAGGCGUCACUACAGACCCCCUGGUUCGAUUCCAGGCUGUAUCACAACCAGCCGUGAUUGGGAGUCCCAUAGAGUGGCGCACAAUUGGCCCAGCGUCGUCCGGGUUUGGCCGGUGUAGGCCAUCAUUGUAAAUAAGAAUUUGUUCUUAACAGACUUGCCUAGUUAAAUAAAGGUUUAAAAAAAUUACGAAAAAAAUAUAGUGCACUACUUUUGACCAGGGCCCAUGGGGCUCUAAUCAAAAGUGGUGCACUUUAUAAGGAAUAGGGUGGCAUGAUUUGGGGCUCAGUCUUGUGUGUUGCCAUAAAUCUGAGAAUGGGAGCAGCACGGGAGGUGGUGUAAAAUAAUGGGGAAACCCAGUAGGUAUGUACAAUAAAACUUAGACCCCACUGACUAUAUCUGUCCUGUCUCAUCCCCACAGGAGAGAGUCCCAGCCAUCACCCUGCAGGCGAGGAGAAGCCCUCUACACCAGGAGAACCUGAACAACACCAGAUGAUACGCAGAACAAGGCAGAAAAAGACCCACCCAUGCCCAGAUUGUGGGAGACACUGCCAAACAUUAUCUGCACUACAAAUACACAUGAGAACCCACACAGGAGAGAAGCCUUAUACUUGCCUUGUGUGUGAGAAAACAUUCACUAUUAGACAAGCUUUGAAAACACACCAGCGAACACACACAGGAGAGAAGCCUUAUACCUGCUCUGAGUGUGGGAAGGGCUUCACUCAUCAAUGUAGUUUGAGAUACCACCACCAGAAGAAACAUUCUGAACAGAUUAAAACAGACCCGGAUGACAAGCUUGGCUGCUGCUGUGGACAAGAGUUCUCCUCAAAGAAAGUUCUGGAGGUUCACUUGAAGACAGACACUGGAGACAAGCCAUACUCCUGCUGUGUGUGUAAGAAGACCUUCACUCAUAAAGCAUUACUGAAAGUCCACCAGCGAUCCCACACAGGAGAGAAGCCUUACUCUUGCUCUCUGUGCGAGAAGCGUUUUACUCAAAAAGGAAAUCUGACAACACACGAGAAGUCGCACGCUGGAGAGAAGCAUCCUUGCUCAGUCUGUGGAAAGAGCUUCACUCAGAAAGGCUAUCUGAAGAUUCAUCAGCGGCUUCACUGUUCUGAAGGGGAGAAGAGUCCCUCUGCAUCAAGAGAACUUGAACGCCGACAGAGGAGAGCUAAGGCGACUCACAGAUGCCCAGACUGUGGGAAGGAGUUCCCUCAAACAUAUUACCUGGAGAGACACAUGAGAACACACACAGGAGAGAGGCCUUACCAGUGCUCUGUGUGUGGGAUGAGUUUCACGCAGAAAGGAAAUUUAAAAACGCAUCAGAAAGUGCACACAGGUGAGAACCCUUUAUAUUAUCAUUGAUUAAUAAUUAUUAUUGAUUAAUCAUGAUUGAUGACGACCGCCUACACUCCUAACAGCUUAACAUUUAGCAUGUUGCAUGUAAAACAUGAAUGGAAGUGUUAGGACCCUGGUUUGCAAGCUACAAAUAGUGUGUGGACUACAGAGGAAAAAAACUAAAUGGCAUUAAAACAAACAGGAAAUAGGGCUUUAAAUGGCAUUAAAACAAACAGGAAAUAGGGCUUUAAAUGGCAUUAAAACGAAUAGGCAAUAGGGCUUUAAAUGGCAUUAAAACAAAUAGGAAAUAGGGUGCCUGAAAUAGCUCAAAUUUGCUACUAAUCACACAACAGAUUGGCAUUCAACUAAACUGACUUGAUGUUCUCUCACAUUGUUUCUUUCCCACAGGAGAUUAUCCCAGUUCCUGGUCCGCUGGUGAGGAGAGUCCCUCUACAUCGGGAGAACCUGAACAACACCAGGAGAACCACACAGCCAUCAAAUCUCACAGCUGCCUAGUAUGUGGCGAGGAAUACUCAGACGUCCCAGAAUUACACAACCACAUGAGAUCUCAUUCAGGAGAAAAGCGUCUCAUCUGCCCUGUGUGUGGCAAGACUUACCCCAGGGAAUUUGACCUCAAAGUCCACCUCAGAACACACACAGGAGAAAAACCCCACGAGUGCACCGAAUGCGGGAAGAGCUUCGUCCGUAAGCAAGGGCUCCAUCAGCACCAGCGGACCCAUGACGCCAAGCCCAUCGGACCGACCCGCCAGUUAGGCAGACCUAAGCAGUCAGCCACCAUGGACAGGCCAAAGCACUUAGCCAGGGCUCAGAUGUCCAAGAAAGUACCCAAGGAGGAGAGUGAUAUGGAGAUGCAGGACUGGCAGUACUGGGACAAUUAA